AUGUUGGAGAGGCUGGAGAGAGGAUGUGAAAAGCAGGACGACAAGAACUCCGAUAUUUCCCACAGUGCCGGCGAGACCGGUGCAGAGCGGUACCAGAGCCAGUAUUCGGGAGCUUCCAUUGUCGUUGAAGGGGCCGCAACCUGCACACAUGUGAUCCUCGUUCGGGUGGGAUUCAUUUCCAUAGAGUUUAUCCAUCUGAUUGACGGACUCAUUCCGCCAAAAAUGAUUUGAGCCUUUGGAAUGGUGGCAGCUCUUCCUGGGCGUGAUCAGGGAUUAUCAAAAUCGAUCUAACAAUAUGCCGAAGAAGCAACUUGAUUGGACGACGUUUCUAAUGCGCUGAUUGGCCAGAGACCAAAAUUUUGCGUGAUAGGACAAAGUCUACUCAAUGACACUCAGAUAAUGUCCGAAAAGUCGCUUAUGAGUGAAAAAGCAUAUUCAUAUAUAUAAGAAAAGUGCUGGCUGAAAUGUAUGCCCAUUUCAUCAUUUUGCACCCCUAAUAUUCUGCAAACCCAGUUCUAUUAAUGGACUUAAACCCGGCGGAACAGAUGUAAUAACUAGAAGAGUAGCAUGAUUUAAUGUCAAAGGCUCCCGUUUUCAAGCGCAAUAUUUACUUUGUAUCUGUGAUGCAAGGAUGGACACUAAAUUACGUUUAGUAAUUGCUUGAUCUUACAAAGUCAUGUAGCCAUUACCCUAUUGCACAAUUUAAAAGCAAAAAUUCUGGGAGAUUUUAAAAAAACGGUGAAUUGUAAUAUUUGAAUUAGCGCUUUUAAUUUGCUUGGAAAAAUAUGAACUAUUUACCCUUGUUUUCAUCAGACAAUUUAAAGUGAUUAGAAGAUCGGACUAUUCAUUAAUGAUUCGGAUUUUCGAGGUUGUCAUGUGCGGAGGGCGAAUAUCCUUAAAUAUAACUAAAUGUGACUUUCAAAAUUACUCGCGCAUUUACAGAAGAUUUGAUUAAUGAUAUUCAGGAUUCUUUUGUAAUGACCGACGUUUAAAACUCCAAUUUUUUCACUUUAUCUUUACAAUUUCGGAGAUUUUUUGACAAAACCAUGAUUGCUUUGAAGGGGUAAGGGAUCAAGGGAAACGUGUGAGCAGUACGCGAAGUCAAGUAGUACGCAUCCUUACGCACAAUGACAUAGGGGGUGUAAUUGAAAGUAGACACUGUCUACCUAGAUUGGUGGCUAUGGUUAGUUUGGAUUGGGAGGAUUUUUUUAAGGGUCGUGUCAGGGGAGGGGGGAGAAGGUGCGGAGAAUUUCCUGCAGCAAACUGACCUUUGGCCAUGGUAAACACGAGGCCUGCAUGAUAUUCUUUUGCACGCACAAGACCGGCUUACUUUACUCGACUGCGCACGCGCGUUGUGAUGGGUUCGAGCGCGCCAAGCUUAUUACAGCGAGAAAUACGCUGGUAUGUUGUGAGGUGAGUUUCACCUUCUCGAUCUCAUUCCCUCCUUCCUUCCCCAGUCGACAGUCCAUGCCUGCCAGCCAACAGGCAAUCAUAAAGGAGGAAUAAAACACCUUUUAGCACACGAAAGACGGAUCAUGUUCCGAGUUAGCGACGACGCUCUGGCGGUACACUAGUCGCCUUGGUGCGUUCCUACCAUAGUGCCAUGACAACUGUAGAAAGAAAGAUUAUGGUACUUGGUAUACAUAUGUCCUUCUUGCUCUUUGACUUCAGACAAGUUAGCGAACCGAUCAUCAUUGUGCCUAUCGUCAGACUCAAAGAGCGGACCAUCGUGCCGUGGUUCAAACCACAGGAAUGAGAAUUUUGUUCCAUCAAACUAGAAUCCAUGCGUUCAAUGAAUGUGUCAAAAAAAAACAGCAGAAUGAAGCCUUGCUAACCGUGAAGGCGAGCCGUUAUGGACGGAGCGGGAGUAAAAGGGAAGGAAUGUCCCAAGUGGUCGGACUUCUGUCUAUCUCAUUAAUCUGGUAUAGGCCGGGGUGGAGAGACAGAGAGAGAGAGGAAAAGGGAGGAUGACGCUGCUUUUGAUACUCAAUUGAUACUUCAUUUCUGUCCAUAUGGCCGUUUUGGGUUGCAAAAACGGGCAGUUAAAGGUUCAGUAUGGUUAUAUAGGAUCCCUGCCUAGUGUUACUUUCUCUUCAACGUACUAUGUUUUUAAAGUCACCUUUUGACUACUCUUGACCACUUUUUUAUCAGCGCUCAAAUCGAUAUUUCACAAAGAAGUGUGUCGCCUUGCAACCCAUCCAGUCCACACUUUAGUUCCUUUACCACUCUGUCUAACAUUUUUUCCUGAGGAAGACAUUUUUUCUUUUGCUUUUUUUCGUGUUUGAGAACACGUUUUUGCAGAAAAGUCGCAAAAGCAUGCAGUCUCUCGUUCCUUCCUGA